AUGGCAAAUCAAUCAUUCAUCUCUGAAUUUCUGCUCCUUGAAUUCUCAGCAAUCCAAGAACUGCGAAUUGCACAUUUCUGUUUAUUUCUGACUUUAUAUUUAGCAACCUUAACAGGGAAUCUUCUUAUCAUCUCUGUGGUGGUUUUUGAUUACCGUCUCCACACACCCAUGUACUUCUUUCUAAUGAAUUUGGCCAUCCAGGAUAUUGCUUCUGUUUCAGUUCUUAUCCCCCAAAUCAUGAUCAAUUAUGUGUUGAACAACAGAUAUAUUUCUUAUUCUGGAUGUGUUGCUCAAGUCCUUUUCUUUAUCUCCUUUGUAGGAUGUGAUGUUGCCCUUCUUACAGUCAUGGGCUAUGAUCGCUAUGUUGCCAUUUGCAACCCUUUGCAAUAUGAACUGAUAAUGAAUAGGAGAACUUGCAAGCAAAUGGUUGGAUGUGUAUGGAUUGCUGGUUUCCUCUAUGGUGGGUUACAUACUGGUGGCACUUUUGCAUCACCUUUCUGUUCCAAUAUUGUUAAUCAGUUCUUCUGUGAAAUCCCACAGUUGCUUAAGCUUGCUUGCGCUGAUUUAUUCCUAGCUGAAAUUGGAGCCCUAAUUUUUAGUGCUCUAGCUGGGGUUGGCAUCCUUAUUUUCAUUGUUGCUACCUAUAUGCAGAUCUUCUCUGCUGUCUUGAGAAUUCCUUCUGUUCAAGCAAGGAAAAAGGCAUUGUCCACCUGUCUACCUCAUGUCAUUGUUUUCUCUGUAUUUGUAACUAUUGUCAGUUUUGCUUAUCUUAGAACCCCACCUCAGAAACCUUCCCACCUGGAUUUGGCAAUAACUAUAACAUACUCAAUUUUUCCACCCAUGCUAAAUCCAUUGAUUUAUAGCUUGAGAAAUAAAGAAAUUAAAAAUGCUCUAUCAAAGCUGUUACAUUUCUGAGAGUCUUCUAGGAAUAUCUUGCUCAUUUUUGUAUAGCUAUGAAUCUGUCAUUAUGUAGCAUCUAUAUUAGGAAACUGAUGUCAAAUUU